CUCACCUCGCCACGCGACGCCGGAUGCUGUGCCGCCGUCUCCCGGGCCUUCCUCGCCGCCGCGGACUCCGACGCCGUCUGGUCCUGCUUCCUGCCCCGCGACCUCCCACAGCUUGCUAAAAGCGUGCUCCGCCGCGCGCCGCCGUCCAAGAACAAGAAGGGCUUGUUCUGACGCCUCUCCAACCAACCGGCGCUCCUCCCACGCAAGCUCGUGCUUUCUUUCUUUGGUGCAGAGCAUGCGGCUGGACAGGGCUACCAGCGCCAAGUGCUACAUGCUAUCGGCAAGGGCGCUCAAUAUUUCGAGGGGCGGGACCCGAGCAUGCUGGGAAUGGAUCGACCUCUGUUAUGAUGAGAUCCAAGGAAACAAGAGCUUCCGUGAAGCAGCUCAACUUCGGGGAGUUUGGUCGUUGGAAAUCCGUGGCAAAAUACAUAGCAGAAUGCUCUGCCGGAACUCCAUGUAUGCUGCUUACAUGCUGUUCAAGCUAGCCCAUGGGUUCACCAUGAUGGAUUUCCCGUUUCAAGAGGCAUCCAUCAGCUAUGGAGGCACUACUUCAAAACGGCAAGUUUGCCUCCAAGCCUACAUGGAGGAUGGGGAUGACGGCGUACCUCACAAACAUAUCUUGAAGUCAAGUUGGGAAAGCCGUCUGCCCCAUAGCUAUUCGCCCUGUUUGGUUCGGCUGUGGAUUUCUAAAAGCAGCUGUGAAAAAUCUGCUGUGGAAAAACAGCUGUGGAAAAUCUGAUGUGAAAAAGAUGUAGGUCAUUUGACAAAUCAGCUGAUACAGCUUUUUCAGAUUUUGGCCCGCAACGGAAUCAGAUUUUGGAAAGCACGUCCUGGGCUGCUUCCGCUUUUGGUUCAGAUUUUGGCAGCGGAUUUCUGGAAUCGGAUUCUGCUGGGUUUGCCCUUUGGUUCAGAUUCUGCUGCGCGGCAGCAGAAUCCGUCGGUCAUUGUCUCACAGAUGACAUCAUGGUCCCUCGAAAAAGGGCCGACGAGUGGAUGGAGGUCGAGCUCGGCGAGUUCUACAAUGGGGAAGCCUACCGACGGUGAGGUGUCUGUGAGCCUAAUGGAGACUGAAGGAGGAGUUUUCAAAAUUGGUCUUGUCGUGUGGGGUAUCGAGAUUAGAACUAAACAAUGAUGUUUUUGAACAUUGUUGGAUUCAAAGCCGUCGUCGUACAUUUCUUUACUUUAUACGGAAACA